GGUACUUUUGCACUUUUUUAUCAAGUUGCGUUUUCUGGUGCCCUCCCUUCACGGGCAUUUUUGGAAUAUAUUUCCUGUCUUUAUUUCAAGACCAGAGAAAUAAUCUUUAGUGCUCACGAUCUUUCUGAUUCACCUGGCGCGUUGAAUCCGAAUAUGUUGGAACAUUUGGUUGAAAGAACUACUGCUAAUGCUACCAGUACCAGUACUGUAACUGCAGAUAAUGCUAUGUUUAAAACUGUUGGUAUAGUUCUUGCCUUGUCUAGUGGCGUUUUCAUUGGUACUUCUUUUGUAUUCAAGAAAAAAGGUCUUCUUGAGGCUCAAAAAGCGGGUGCAAUUGCUGGUCAAGGACAUGCUUAUCUUUCAAACGGACUAUGGUGGCUCGGAAUGAUAUUAAUGAUCAUUGGUGAAAUAUGCAAUUUCGUUGCUUAUGCGUUUACACAAGCAAUUCUCGUUACUCCUCUAGGUGCCUUAAGUGUAGUCAUAAGUGCCGUAUUAUCAUCUAUAUUCCUUAAGGAAAAGUUAAGUUUUGAAGGCAAAGUAGGCUGCGCUCUGUGUAUUAUUGGUGCCACAAUUAUUGUUAUACACGCCCCUAGUACAACAGUGGCAAAUAGUAUCGACGAGUUUAGGAAUGAGUUCUUCCAUCCUCUUUUUUUGGGAUAUGCUAUUACAUGUAUAUUUCUCACAUUAAUCAUAAUAUGGAGAGUUGCUCCAAAAUAUGGUUCAAAAAAUAUGCUUGUUUACAUAGGCGUUUGUUCUAUGAUCGGUUCUCUAUCUGUUGUUACCACUCAAGGUCUUGGUACGGCUAUUGUGACAACUAUAAUGGAUCCAAAACAAAAUCAAUUGACUAAUUGGUUCUUUUACGUUGUUGCUGCUUUUGUCGUCGUCACUUUGUUAACUGAGAUAAAUUACUUAAAUAAAGCGUUGAAUCUUUUCAAUACUGCCAUGGUAACACCCGUAUACUAUGUACUCUUUACCGGUUUAACGAUAAUAAGUUCUGCUAUCCUUUCCAAUGGUUUUAAUGCUUCUCCUACUAGCAUUGCAACUGUGGUAUUGGGUUUCUUGGUAAUUUGUAAUGGUAUUGUGUUGCUUCAAACCUCUAGAGGUGCAUCUAUGGAUGGUCGACAAUCUAUGUUGAUAUCUAACGACCAUGUUAGUUCUCCGGUUCUGAUGAGUAGUAGUGAAAAUGAACCUGGCGCUCUAGAUAUCCGUGCUAGUUUUGGAAGUAUUCGUAGAUAUUCAUCUCAUGGGCGUACUUAUCCGGCUAAUAAUUCGAAUACAUAUCCUAGUCCUAAUAAUUUGCAAAGACGGACUCAAAGCUUAAAUUACGGUCCAAAUAUGUCUGAAGCUUUAUCAUCAAUACUUGAGAGGUCUUCAAGUCUUUCAGAUAUUAAACGAGUUGAACGUCAAGAAGAUACUUCUGUUGCUCCUACAGAUGACGAACUCCAUUCUAACCGAUUUAGUAACCAAUCACAAGAUACUCCAAUACAACAUCAUGAAACAUUGACAUUGGCUAGGAAUUCUUUUGUACGAUUUUUAGCAACUCCUUCUUCUGCAUCAUCGAUAGAUGAACAACAGACAUCGCCACAUGGACAAAACCAACAUACCUUUACCUCUUCUAUAUUAUCACGGAAAAAUUCAUCAACAUCACCAGAAUCUCCGCAUUCCGAUGAAAGAGUUAUAAAUAUACCGCCGAUUCCAUCACCUCUUCACCCGAUUGAUUAUCUUCGACAACAUUUUUCUCCUACCAAUUCUGCGUUUGAUUCAUCUAAUAAUAACAAUAAUGUCACUAGUGAGUCCUAUAGUGGCAUAAUUCCUAGUAACUUAAAUAGGAAUACUAGUGCCUCAGGUAAAAGAGCACCAAGUAUAGGAUUUGUUGAUAAAUUAAAAUUAGGGAUUGGUGACCAGGAUGAAGAUACUGAGGGGUUGGUGAGUAGCAACUAUUCUAGUGGGGAAAAUUAG